CACGCGCUCGACGCGACGGUCAGUCGGUUGAUCGUACGCGACAAACGAGGGCCGCGAGGAGUCGCGAGGAUUCGCGAGAGGCACGGCCGCGCACGCGACGAGGACGGAGAGACGAGGAAUCGUGAUAAAGCAACGGGAUUAAAAGCGAUAAACGACGAAAGCAUACUGGGCACAGAGGUGGAUCCGGUGGAUUUUCCAUCGUCGUCGUCGUCGUCGUCGGCAACUGCGCGAAGACGCAAUAACGUCGAUCUCUCCUCUCGAUCGAGAGCGCCCAGAGAUCGAUCCUCGCGCGCGAGGACGGCAGCUGUCAAAAGUGUAGAGCCGUGAGCGAACGGGGGCGAAAUAUGGUGUAUGGAGGAGGAUUCGACAUGGUGGAAACGAUGCCGCAGACAGUGCCCACCGCGGCCGGCUACUCGCCGUCGUUCGACUACAGCACUUUUCAGUUCGAUUUGUCCCUCCUGCCGGACGAUUUCAGCCUGACCGGUGGCCAGGUCGGUCUGAAGAGCUCGCAGAUCAAGCAGGAGGCUCGCUCACCACGUCCAGGAUCGCCCACGACCUACCAGAGCCCGCCGUAUCAGAACGGCGAGCUGCCGUUGUCGCCCAACUACUCGCACGAGGGAUCCUCGCCGGGAUACCCGACGAGCCCCUACUACGUACCUAGGAGCCCCCAGAGCGCCCAGUUUUAUCCCACCAGCCCGGAACCGUCCGCCAAGCAGACGAUCAAGAGAGAGAAGAGCCUCGAUCUCUUGGCCAUCCUUCAGGAAUCCAGACUCUUAGCUGAGAGUCUGGGCUACCGCGAGGACUCGACUGAUUGCACGGUGCCCUGCACACCGCCCCGGAGCGAAGAGGACAUCUACAACAGUCUCGACGCGGAUUUCCUGCCGAAGAAGGAGGACACCAGCGUGCAGCAACAUCCGUUGCUCAAGGAGAUUCUCUUCAAGGAGGAGCCGCGAUCCGUUUCUAGCAGCAACGGUUCAUCUCCGUCCUCAUUGUCCUCCACUUCGUCAUCGCCCAGUCCUUCGAGCGAGUACGAGAGCAGCUCGGCAUUGCGCGAGCUGCUCUUCAAGGGCGCUCCUCGCAAGGACCUGACGGAGAUUCCCAAGACCAUCCAGCCCAAGGUGGAACCAGCGCAAGACGAGCUGACGAAUCCCUUGCAGAAGGAGGAGGAGCUCUUCAAGGACGGGCAGAAGAGCGACCACCAAUUGCUGCGGGAGGUGUUGAGGGAUACCAGCUUUCAGAGGAAGUACAAUCUGAGACCCGUCGAUCUCGGCGGCGUCGGUACCGGCUUCGUCGAGGACAUGGAAGCUGGCGAAUGCGUAGGCGAUCUCGCCCGCGAGCAGCUCGAGCCGGUCCUUAGCCUGGCCAUUCAGCAAUUGCAGAAGGACUUUGACAACACCUGCGUGGCGCUCGGCAUUCAUCCAGAGCCUAGACGCUGGAGCGCGGCGGAUGUUGCAGCCUGGGUGCAGUGGGCUAGAAGGCAAUUGCAGUUGCCGUCGGUGCCGUUGGAGAGCUUCAACGUGGAUGGCGCGACAUUGGCCUGCCUCACGGAGGAGGAAUUCUGCCAGAGAGCUCCCCAGUGUGGCAGCAUGCUGUAUGCGCAAUUAGAGAUUUGGAAGGCCGCCGUCGAAGAUUCGCCCCGGAACACGCUGGCCACCUCCUGGAGUCCUGCGGGAAUGGUCCAGUCUCCGAGCAAUGCCGUGACUCCGCCGGCGGUUGGAAACACAACAACAACUAGCCUCAAGGAAUCUCCCAGCACCGUAGAGUUCUCAGAUGACGAGGACGAGGAAUGCGCUUCCGGUCAAAGUGGUAACAGCGGCAGCGGCGGCAAGAUGCGCAACGGCGGCAGCCACAUUCAUCUCUGGCAGUUCCUGAAGGAGCUGCUGCAGAGCCCGGGCAUCCACGGUUCCUGCAUACGUUGGUUGGACCGCAGCAAGGGAGUCUUCAAGAUCGAGGACUCGGUGCGCGUGGCGCGGCUCUGGGGCAAGCGGAAGAACCGACCCGCCAUGAACUACGACAAGCUCAGCCGCAGCAUCCGACAGUACUACAAGAAGGGCAUCAUGAAGAAGACGGAGCGCAGCCAGAGACUGGUAUACCAGUUUUGCCAUCCUUACUGCUUGUAAGGAGCCUCCGUCUCUCUCCCCUUCCGUUUUCCCUCUCCUUCUCUCUCUUCCUGUCCACGAGUCCUUUUAAUUUCUCUCUCUCUCUCUCUCUCCCCAUGCGAUUCGGAGCGAGCGACUUCAGGAAGAGCCCAGCACGGAGAUUGAAAGGUAAACGAUGACGAUCCGCCAUGCUCGAUAUUAUCACGCGAUGAUAACGCCGAGUCACGGCCGGGUCCGCUUAGUACGCCCGUUUUGGGCGACCACUUUCGCCUUGCGCGUUUUUUUCUCUCUCCUCUCUUCUUACCUUUUCCCUUUUGAGUUUUUUUUAUAAUUAUAAUUAAGCGCGCGAUUUCUCAUCGAAUCGCUUCUUCGCUUCGAUUCUAAUCGCGGACGCGGAGCGAAGACGCGAACAGGUGGAGGCUCGCCAGAGAAAAGGGAAGAAAUGACUCUUUCCUCUCUAUUCUCACGAUCGCUUGUCGGCACCAGUCGUCGGAUCCUCGAGCUAUAUAUCGGAUAUGCUCGCGAUACAUCGAUCGGAUACCUGGCGCGCGGAACUAUUCGCUGCUGCUGGGUACUCGCUCUGCCGUUUCUCGACGAAGUUGAAGAGAUAAUAAUUUAUUUUUUAUACGAAACACUUUUCCAAACGAGGCGGCCCUUCUUCCGUGCUCACGUGUGGCGUCGAACAAGCGGAGGUAAAUGAAACGAAAAUGAAAUCCGCGAGAGGAGCAAGAUAUCAAUUUACCGCUGUAACAGUUGCUAUCACGUAGCAGCAUUACGCGUGUCUGGCAGACAGUAAAAACAUCUUCGUCGGGAUAAUUGUUACCUGCUUGUGCAGCGUGAGAGUAUUAUGGUGUAACGUCGCUAAUUACAUUUUUGCAGUUUUAUAAUUUUCGAUACGCACGCGAAGAUAUUUUUACCGGGACGCGCGCGGGAGGCAAGUUAUUAAGUUGUCGAGCGUGCCUUAGACACCCGUGGGCAUCGCGAUGAAGGACGCGCGCCGCGUUGGAGCCGCGAGCCUCGGUCGUCACGAGAAAUUUUGCUCAUUCACGAAUCCAAGCUCGCGAAGCCCAUGAUGAUCGAUCGAUCGAGAACUUCCUGUCCGGGAGAUUAAUUAUCGGCGAUCGCGUCGCGCUCGAGGCGUCACAGACGCACGACUGGUGCUGGUGAUUUUGGUCCCAUAUAUCUAUGAUAUAUUAAAUAUGUAUGUUCCAUGAACGAUUAGGCUUUAAGAUGACUUAGCUGCGUAAAUGUAUCAGCGGCUCACGUGAGCCGCCUUUAGAUUACUCCAACAGAUUUCUUCUUUCGUUUCUUAUUUUAGCAUGCGCGCGAUUGCAAUUGCGAUAUCGAUCGCGUCGAUCUUUUGUAUCUUUUAUGUACGUAGUUUGUACUUCUCUUUCGCGUUUUAUUAUAGUUCUGAUUGCAUAUUUAAAAUAUUAUCUAUAAAGUCUGUUACACUUUCGAGUUGUCAAAAAUAUUAUUGCGUUUCUAUCUCAUCGAUCAUCAAAAUGACACACAUAUCACGUUUGGAUAUAUUUUGUUGUCUUUUUAUUUCCUUUAUCUAGCUUUACAUACUUAUAUUUACUGAUCAAAUGUUUUCUUGGGUAUCUUAAGUUUGUUGUAGCAUUUUAACGUUAUUCUAAUGCGUAUAAAAUUAACAUAAUGCAAAAUUUGACGUACUUAAAUAUAAGUUUUAUACUAACGCGUUCAUUUUCGCUCACCGAUCCGGUUGUAAAUAUAGAUAUUUGCAGCAUAACCGUUUUAACAAAAUAUUCGUUUUAUUUAUUUAAUUGAGUCUAUUUUUAAUUGACUGAGUCUAUUUUUAAAGAGUUGAGAUAAUGGAACAAUCUGGCCGCAUAAUCUCACUGAAAGCUCUUUGGCGUGACAUUCUGUUGAUGCCAAUUCUGUUUCUAAUAUUGAUUCCAUCUCCAGUUCGCUUAUGUAGAUCGUGAAUUUAAGGUCGGAGGCUAUUACGUGGCUGCUUCUCGGCAGUGCGAAAGUGCAAUUGAUGAACAGUGCAAUUACCAUGCAUUUAUUACUAUUAGAUUUGUAUGAUUUUCAGCCUAACUGUGACUGAACGAUAAUAUCAGUCGAUAAUCAAAUCUUUCAUCUCUCUUGUGAUAUACCAUUAAAUUCCUCAAUUUUUGCGAUAAUUCUAUAACAAGGUCUAUAAAUUCUUCAUAUUUCGAAACUAAUGAUAAUGUUAAAUUAAUAUAAUUUGGAGAGUUCAAGUUUGUUGUACAAAUUUGGAGCGCAGAACUCGAAGCCAAAGAACAGGGCGGUGCGAACAAGCGGACAUCAGAUAGUUCUGUGAAGGAAAUAGAUUCACUCGCGUAAUUAGAUCGUAAAACGCGCUUCCACUGCUACUAGAUUUCUACGACACGUGCAUUAUUUUUUACGCGACUUGGCAUGGAGUGCUCGUGAAAUUGGAAGUAGACCGAAGCGGGAUCUCGAAACAAUGAGAUUCUUUGGUUAGUACGAUCUUCUUCCAACGACGCGACCGCGUCCUCUAAAUUCGCAUUAAUCGUCAUUUCUCGAGAACUAAUAAAAAUGUUCGUGCAAUAAUGUCAGAAUGCAGAUAACAAGAUACGAACUCGUUAAAUAAGAAAAAGAUGACGGAAAGUGAUUUGCAAAGAAAAAAAAAUUGUUUUCAUUUUCCGGAUGAUGUUCGGCAAUUAGAACAUAAUAUCGAUGUGUGCGCAAUUAAAGUGUACAUAUCUGCGAAUACGCGCGUGACCGGCGAGUGUGUAUAUAUAUAUAUAUAUAUAUAUAUAUAUAUAUGUCUAUUCGAUAAUCAUAAUAUAAUUAAGACGUUGCUGGUUUUCUAUGAGCAGAGAUUUAAUUAGUAAUAAGCGUUGAUUUCUAACUGGUCUUGCGACAAGACAUUGUUAUGCAUAAUAUUAUAUAUAUAUUUAUACAUUCAUGUUUCGACUGUUCUAAUGAGAUUAAGAUGGGUAUGGCGUAUCGAGGUAAUAUUCAUAGUCAAGGUUGUUCUCAAAAGCACGCCGGAAAAUUUUCAUAUACGGAAUAUUAUCUAAAAUCAUGAAGUUUGAAAUUCAGAUUAGCUAUCGAUUACUGAAUAACAAUUGGGUUCAGUGUAUUUCAUGCGUGGGCUGAGAUAAGCCUCGACAAGGUAAUAUAAUAAUAAUAAUAAUAUUAAUGAUAAUAUAUGCACAUAUAUAUUUUCUUACGCCGACAUUUCUCGCUAUCGACAUUCGGAGCGAGUUACUAACACGGAGCGAACGAAAAUAAAAAGAAAUAAAAAGAAAUAAAAAUUUCCUAAA